AUGGGAUUCCAGGUGUUUGAAGAGGAGGAGCCAGCUCAGCAAGUGCCACAGCAGCCACCGCAAAAGAGCCUGAGUACUUCAAUGCUCAGUUCAAAGACACACAAUAUCCAGAAAUCGAACUCAGCGCCAUCGAAAUUAGAAGGCGUGAAUAAGCCACCCAAAGUUAAUACGCAUAGACAGGCCCUAGCGGAUGCAGCUGCAAUGCCACCAAAGAAAGCUGCUGCUGCUGCCAAGAAGACAUCCAUCAAGAAGACUGAGGGAAUCUCAGUGGAUGAGCUGAGACGGGCGAGGCGUGCAGAGACGCUGCGCAAGCAGGGCUUGUACGGUGCAUCGAAUGAAACAAAGGCACCCAGAGCACCCAAGAAAUCCAAACUCAGCCUUUAA